AAUAUAAUUGACAUUGCUUUUACCCAGAGUAGGUUGGAUAAGAUAACAUCCGGCUACAGCAUGGCGGAAAGCUUGAGGUGACAAAAAAUGGAUAUAUUAUAAUUUCAAUGGCUGUAAAUCAUAUUAUAAUCUGAAAAUCAUACAAAGUUUAAAGUUUAUUAAUUUUUGUUAGCUCUAUAUUGAACUGAAUAUUAAACCCGCAAUGGAAAAUCUGGCUCAGAAUAAAGAAUGCCUACAGGAUGGAGGUAUCAUAAAUUCGGUGGCAGAAAAGCCAACAGAAGCAUUUGAGAACGCCACAAGGAAUAUUCCUGAAGGAGAGGGUAAUGGUUCUGCCUCCUGCAGUGGAGUGGGUGAUGCAGAGAGAGAUGAGAAUGCAUUGCAGAACAAAGAGUUGUCUAAUAAGAGAAAACAUGAACCAGAAGACAACCAAGCAGUCAAGAGGCUACAUUCAGAGGAGGUAGCUAUACAUUAUAAUACUCUUCAAGAAUGUGGACUGGCAGCCCGCAGCCAGAGUCGAAUCUUUUACCUCCGCAACUUCAACAAUUGGCUUAAAAGUGUUCUUAUUGGGGAAAUUCUGGAGAAGGUAAAACAGAACAGACGAGAUGUGGCUGUUUUAGAUUUGGGCUGUGGAAAAGGAGGGGAUUUGUUGAAGUGGAGAAAAGGAAGAAUCAGUAAACUUGUAUGUGCAGAUAUUGCUGCUGUGUCUGUGGAACAGUGUCAGCAGCGUUACAGUGACAUGAAGACUAGAGGUCGCUCUAAUGAUAUCUUUUCUGCUGAAUUUGUUUCUGCCGACUGUACCAAGGAACUUCUAGCAGAUAAACGAAAAGAUCCUGAGAUGUAUUUUGAUAUCUGCAGCUGUCAGUUUGUCUACCACUAUUCCUUUGAGACACAGGAGCAGGCAGACAUGAUGCUUCGGAAUGCCUGCGAGAGGCUGCGACCUGGUGGUUAUUUCAUUGGCACAACACCCAAUGCCUUUGAACUUGUAAAGCGUCUUGAGGCAUCAGAGACUAAUUCUUUUGGGAAUGAGGUCUAUAGAGUUACAUUUCAGAAGAAAGGGGAAUAUCCACUGUUUGGAUGCCAGUAUGACUUUAACCUUGAAGGAGUGGUCAAUGUCCCUGAAUUCCUUGUGUAUUUCCCGUUAUUUGAAGAGAUGGCAAAGAAGUAUAACAUGAAACUUGUCUUUAAAAAGACCUUCCGUGAAUUUUUCGAAGAGAAGAUUCAGAUUGAGGAGCACAAAAUGCUAAUGAGAAGGAUGCAGGCUUUAGAGCCAUACCCGGCAGAUGACCGAUCCAAGCUGGUAGCAGAUAACUUGGAAGAGUAUGAGCAUGUACAGCAAUACAUAAAGGGUUGUCAAGCAAAGCUGCCUUUGGGAACGUUAAGCAAAUCAGAAUGGGAUGCUACAAGUAUAUACCUGGUUUUUGCUUUUGAAAAGAUGUCAUGAAGAACACCAGUACAGCAUUCAUCUUUUUGUUCAAUUUCUCAAGUGAACGAAGUAAAGGAUUUUUUUUUUUUUUUUUUUUUUUUUUUAAAUAGCUUUUUGUCAGUCAAUAUGGGUAACCUGAUGGAUGAAUUUAAAUAUCCUGCUUGAGAAUGGUGACCACCGUUGCUUUGUCUGCUGUAUUAAGGACAGUGACUCGUUAUGUAAAGAGCUGCAACUAUCUUAGAUAUACAGUAUGUGCUUAUGUUAUGGUGUCAUGUCAUUAAAUUUUGUUUAUCAAGCA